AUCAGAUUUGAUUAAAUGGACUACAAAAUAGGAAAAAGAAAGUUUAUUUGUAAGUGAAAAACAAAACAAAGAGUAGUGGAGUGUUUGAAAACGAAAACAGGGUAAGGAAGCAGAUAAAAAGGAGGGGCAUGUUCAAUGGUGCUAUAUAUACAUAGAGAGUCCCGUUGAAACCCUUAACAGCCCCCCAUUCUCCCUCGCUCAGUCUCUCUCACUCCAGUUCAUCACAUGGUGAUGGCUAUGGCUGUUCCCCAAUCCAAACUCUUCUUCUUCUUCUGCAUCUUCGUAUUGACCCACAUCUCACUUCCCUUCUCCAUCUCAGUGCUUGACCACGAUGAUGGUCGUAUUUCUCUGAGCCUGGUACCAGCACCUGCUCCUCACCCCCACCAUCACCAUCACCACCACCAUCCUCCGCCCAGCGUAAAACCACCGGCAGCCGCCCCUCCCAAAUCACCACCUGCCAUCAAGCAACCUCCUCACGCCCCCGCUCCUCUCCCCAACCACCCGACCGCCGCACCGCCUACUCACUCACACUCCCCUGCUCUGCCCCCUACGCAUGUCAAAGGCCACCACCACCACCACCACCCUCCAACCGCCGCGCCACCAACGGCAGCCACCCCUUCCAAGUCACCAACACCGUCCGCAAAUAGACAUCCCACUUACCAUUCGCACUCCCCAUCCCCUACUCCCAUUAAUGGUCACCACCACCACCAUCUUCCUGUCACCGCACCACCACCACAUCCGGCCACACCUAAAUCAUCACCAGCUGCAGCAAAACCCCCCACUGCUGCACCCCCUAAGCCGCACCUCCUCCAUCACCACUCCCUACCACCAGUCAAGGCACCGUCGCCAUCUUCACCAGCACAAAAGAAAGCCAUAGCUAUCUGUGGCACUGUACACUGCAAGUCUUGCAACAUCUCCACCCCUUAUCAUCCUAUUGAGGGGGCUGUGGUCAAAAUAGCCUGCAACAACACAAGGUAUCACUUGGAAGAGAGUGUACACACAGACAAGAAUGGGUCUUUCCUCUUAACUCCUAAGAUUGUCACCUCUGCUGGUUGGCACAAGUGCAAGGUUUUCUUGGUCUCUUCAGGCAAUCCUCACUGCAAUGUCAAAACUAAUUUGAAUCUUGGCUAUGUUGGAGCGCCCUUGAACUUCCAUCCGCCUGCUCUGAACAAAACGCUGCCGUAUCCACUUUUCACUGUUGGCCCGUUCGAAUUUGUAUCCAGCAAGAAGCACAAAUGCUCCCAUUGAUGGAGGAAGCUUUAGUUAAUUCACUGUUAAUUUCAGUUCUGUUUACGGAAGAAAGGGGAAAAUGAGAAGAAGUUGCGGUUCAAAUCUUCAUUAGACAUAUGCAUUUAUGCGCUUAGUAUUGAUUACUGAGUAUUUGGAAUUAGUUUUGUUUCACUCUUCUCUAUACAUGUCUGUCGUUUUCUCUUGAAUGUAUUGAAGGGUUUCAUCCAUUUUCAGACUUCAGUCUGUCACAUUUUAUCUUCAUUCUAGCUUGUUCGCACUUUGAACCAUGUGUGCAGUUUGCUUUUUGGUAAUGUCUCAUUCCUGACUUUUCUCUCAUACAUGAAGAGAAAAUAAGCAUUGAAACAAAAAAACGUAGAGAAAAUGAAUUUCUUAAAAUACA